AUGCAGGCAGCUCUUCAAGCGCUGGAAGACACUCCCGUGAUGACAGCAAGCGAAGCUCGAGCCUUUGCUGUGCGCUGCUUUCCAGGGGAGUGGCCCAGCGUUGAGGACGCACUAAUCGAGGUCAGUCGUCUCUCUGGUGGAACGCAGAAUCUUCUGACGGUGGUGAGAAGACGUCACACAACUUGCGGCAGCCAAGAGCCUGCUGUACUGUUGAUCCGCAAGUAUCCUCCCGAACGCGAAGAAUGCCCUCAAGUGUAUCAUGCAACCAGCAUCGAGGAAACCCUCGUUGCUUUCGAGGCUGGGCGAAAAGGAUGGGGACCCAAGCUUUACGACACCUUCAAGGGCGGCAGAGUCGAGGAAUACGUGGAAGCGCAUCCACUGACCCCCGUUGAAGCCUCGAGUAAGCUCAUCAGUGAGGAGAUCGCUCGAAUGUACGCCCGCUUUGCCUCCCUGGAAGUGCCUCUUUACCCCGGAAAAGUUUUAGAUAUUCUGGACGCCGCAGCACGGGACCUCAAGGCAUUCCGCACUUGCCAGUCAAAGCUGCAGGAAAUCUUCUCAGCGUUUGCCCGUCCAGGCGCUGAAAACAUCGUCAGCAAUGUCUUUGAAACAGACUGGGAGGCUGAGACUCGGUGGGUCCGAUCGCUUUUUGCAAAGUACGGCUGUCAAUCUGCUGUAACGCACUUUGACAGCAACUUUAUGAACAUUCUCGUUCGCGAGGAUGAGCACGCCGGCAAGACAAUGCUGAUCGAUUACGAGACUACCAUGUCUGGCUUUCGAGGCAUCGACAUUGGCAGUCAUUUCGCCGAACACAUGUUCAGCUGGACGCACCCAGAGAACCAGCUUAAUGGCUAUCCAUUUCCUCCCUUGGAGGCGCGAAAGCAAUUUUGCAAGACCUACCUGGAAGAGAGCGCGCAACUCGGCAUAUGCGAUGAUAGCGGAGCUGAGCAAGUCAAGCACUUGCUAACGGAAUCACAGAUCGGAACCUUGUUCUUUGUAGUCCGUACGCUGGUAGACGUUCUCAAGUAUCCCGAACCAGCUUCGUUGGAUGCUACCAUGGCUAUUGUCGAUGUCUACCAUCAGACAAAAGCCGAAUUCCUCUCUGUGCCCAAUUUGGCAUAG